ACAGGCGCACGAUAUGUCUAACUGAGAGUUCGUUUCCCUUUGUUGCCUUCUUAACUCCUUUGCGUGUAUAAUUUUUUUAGUUUUUUGCAGUUAUUUGAUAAGAUUCGGAAAAAAAAUCAUGUCAAAGCGAACUCCAGAGGAAGCAUUCCAUCGCCAGUCCGUUGGUAGCACACUCAAAGAAGAUUUUGACAAGAAAGAUGAACAUCACUUCUCAAACUGGUUGUCUUUCAUGCUGUCUUUGCCUCUCAGGAAAAGAAUGUCCAAAGUUGAUGUCUUUACCCAGUGGUCAGGGCUGGUGGGAUAUGUUCUUGCAGGGUUCCUAGCAGUAUGCUUUCCUGUACAGCUUGCAAUCCCCUUCAACUUACAUCUUGGUCAGUAUGGUAGUGGUUUGAUAAGAGUAAUGGGAAUGCAGCUUUCAAUAAUAGGAUUGUUCUACUGGGUUUUCACCAGAGCAAAGCCUAAGAUCUCAUCUGAAUGCAUUGCCCUUGGAACAACAGUUGAGAGAAUAUUCUACAUUGGAAUUGGUCUAAUUUCCAUAUACAAGCACAAUUUGAUUCCUGCUAUGCUUUUGGUGAGUGUAGCAGCUGUAGACACCACUCUGUCAGUUAUAACUAUUCUCAUCUGGUCUAAAACUUCAAGGAAUGCUUCAUUGAAAAGCUACUUUUGCUCUGUUGGACAACUGAUGUCAUUUAGUUCAAAGUGGAAUUACUCUUCACAUGCAGUUCAAACUCUUGGCUUGCUGCAGUUUGUUGGUGCUAUUUUUUUCCUUGUCUUCCCUAGCACAGCCAGUCAAGUGCUCCAGAUAAACAACCUGGGUCCUCAUGAAAGAGGGCUGUUCCUCGUUGCCAUACUUGCAUCAGGUGCCAUUGGGUUUCUCAACUUAACCUCUGGUGGUGCCGACUGCAAGGCUUACAACAUUGCUGUUGUGGUUUAUUCAGUAUGUUUGUCAAUGCCACUGGUGGGAUUUCUUGGUUUAUUCUUACAUCACAUUCCCGUAGGCUUGGCCUGGUAUCUACUUUGUUUGGAUGGCAUUGGGUUUGUUAUAAUUAACAUAACACUCUGUAUGGACUAGCAAAAGCUGCAAAACUUAUAAAGGCUUCUAAAAGGUGGUUCUUUCCAGCAUUGGAAGAUUGAUAGGCCACUACUUCUUGAAAAGUUGGAGAGGGGGAUGGACAUUUUCAUUCUUAUUGAGUUUACAAAUUCAAUGGAAUUUUAAUAUUAACCCUUCAUAUAUAAUAAAAUAAAUGCCCAUUUUUAAAAAAAUUCUUCUUUUUACCUAUAUAAGAUAUAUUAAAAAGUGAUGAAUAAUUGUUA